CAGAAAAUGAAUCAUCAAAACGAGUGAGGCACGACUGAAAUUGACGAUAUUGAAGGGCGGAGGAGAAUCGUUGGUUUCAUCCGCUGCAUCCGGACAAUACGGUGUGCGCAAUAUUGAAUUAUAUUUACAGAGGAAAAACAAAAGCAGGAGAGAAGGAAAAAUUGGUGCACAGUGACCAUCGAAGUUAGAAGGAGUGCAUCGCAUGUCGGUUCGUCGUAAAGUUGAACUACAGGUUCUCUUCAAGAACUUUCCGAGAUUUCCGUUUUCUUUGUAUCGGUCUGUUGGUUUCUUUUCCUUGUUCUUUUUCUUCUUCACGGCGGUUCAUGUAAGAGCAGAGAGAGAGAGACCACACGAGAAGUAGAAAUGGCAAUACAGCUACGAUCAAAGCCACCAGCUUUGAUAGAAACAGUGGAGGAGAUCAUGGGAAUUUACAGGUCUCUGCCACGAAGGCCCACAAUCGACGAAGUUCAAGCAGCCAUGGUGGUCAUGCAAACUUUAGAAGACGAGGAGAGGCAGAGGAUGGAAGAAAUUAGCUGGAUGGAAGAGCCUGAGGGGGUGCCUAAAGAGUUGUUCCGUGUGCUGCAGGAGAUGAGGAGGAACUUGAUCAUGCUGCGGAGUCAUGAGCAGAGGAAGGAGGUCCUGUUCUUGCUUAAAAGGGACAAGAUAUUCGAGGGCUUUGAUCAGCUCAUUCAGAAGGCUUCGGACAUGCUGGUCUCCUCCGAAGGCCACGGAAUUCAGGUUGGUAGUUUUGUUCAUGAGACCCCCGUCAUAAAAGGCGAAACAAAGAAGGAAACUGGUCAUGAGAAGGCAAUGUCAGGUGUCCCCACGAAGGACAUUAGUGAUGAUAAUCAGAAAUCUGUUGUUUCAGUUGAUUCGGUGAAGCCUGCGUUAGUGAAAGAUGGUGAAAAUCCAGAGAAACUUAGCUUGAUAAAUUUGGCAAGUUUGAUUGAAGCUUCUCAGAGAAGUGGUGUCACUGAGCUAGAUCUUCAAGGGAAGCUGUUGGAUCAGAUGGAAUGGUUGCCUGUCUCACUGGGGAAGUUGUCAAAUCUCGUUACUCUUAAUUUAGCAGAGAAUAGAAUAAUGGUUCUUCCCUCAACAGUUGGCGAACUCAAGUCCUUAGUGAAGCUCGAUCUGCAUUCCAAUCAAUUGAUGAACCUGCCUGAUUCCUUUGGAGACCUAAGCAGUCUAGUUGAACUUGACUUGCACGGAAAUCUCUUGAAAUAUCUACCAAAUGCCUUCCGAAAUCUAUCAAGUCUGACAAAUCUUGACUUGAGUACAAACCAGUUAUCCACUUUGCCUGAAACUUUCGGAAACCUAACUCGUUUGAGAAGGUUGAAUAUUGAAACCAAUGAAUUUGAAGAACUCCCUCACUGGAUCGGGCUAUGCUCUUCCCUUACAGAGCUUAGAGCUGAUUUCAAUCAACUGAAAGCACUUCCUGAAGCAAUUGGAAAGCUUGAGACGUUAGAAAUUCUUACUCUACACUAUAAUAGAAUUAAGCGCUUGCCAACAACAAUGGCUUCUCUUGUUAAUUUGAAGGAGCUAGAUGUCAGCUUUAAUGAACUUGAAUCACUUCCAGAAAGCUUGUGCCUGGUCACCAGUCUUGUCAAGCUGAAUAUUGCCAAGAAUUUUGCUGAUCUGCGUUCAUUGCCAAGAUCAAUUGGCAACCUUGAAUUGCUUGAGGAAUUGGACAUCAGUGAUAACCAGAUCAGAGUUUUACCAGAUUCCUUCGGACUGCUGACAAAGCUGAGAGUGCUUCGUGCUGAUGAAACUCCUUUGGAGUUGCCACCUAGAGAAAUCGCAACAUUGGGAGCACAGGAAGUUGUGCAGUACAUGGCUGAGCAUGGCAGACAAAAGGAUAGGAAGGUGGAACCAGCCAAGAUAAAUUGGUUCUGGCAUUGGCUUCUCUGCUUGUUUUCUAGUGUCAAGGUGAAACAUGAAAACGUGGGUGCUUCUGUCUAGUCUGUGUCUUGGAGCUGGCAACUCGGAGUAGAAAUUAGGUGAUGGAGUCGAUGCUUGGUGGAACGAAUUUGAGCAAUGGUUGUAUGGAGGAAAAAGAGACUCUGUUUGGUAGCCGUGCCAUUUAUUUCUUCUGCAAACUGAAUCACUAUAAGCUACUUCAAGGAAUUCAGCAGUGAUUGUCCCAAAUCCAUGAAAUCCCCCCUCGAAGCACACCUCCCAAACAGAGCCUUACUAUAAAAAACAAAAUGUGCUGAUUGUAAAUUGUAUCCGGUGUCUCGAUGUUUUUGUUGUAAAAAGAAGUGCAUAAAGUUGUAAAUGUGAACUGGGUGGAAACAGAUUGGUAUUGAUUGAUUCCUUGGUUCGUUGAUGUGUAAAGCAAAGCAUAAAAGAACAAGAUGCCGAUUCACCAUCUGUGUACUCUCGUGUGAUGUGGAUAAGCAUGAA